AUGACUUCUUUGGAUAUCGCCAUGACUGUCGAAGCCGCAGCGGCUUCGGGGGUUUGCGCGCUGCAGCUCCUCCAGGAUCUGGCGGAGAAGGCCACGGCAUUAGCAGCAGCAGGAACCCUCAGCAGCAAAGAGCAGCUUUGGAUUAUCUCGGGAUUUUCCCGCAUAGGGUGGGAAGGGGCUUCGUCGCUUGCUGCUGCUGCUCCUUUCCUCGUAGCUGCUUCGAGAAUCUCCAGCUGUCAGGACACCGCAACGCAGCAGCUGCUGCAGCUCGCUGCUGCUGCAGUGCGUGACUGGCCCACUUCGUCGCAGCAGCAGCAGCAGCAGCAGCAGCAAACACGGCAGGAAGAGCAGGAGGAGCAGCGGCAGCAGCAACAACCACAGCAUCAGAAGCAGCAGCAGCACUAUCAGCAGCAGCAGCAGCGACAAGGGCAGGAAGAGCAGGAGGAGCAGCGGCAGCAGCAACAGCCACAGCAGUGGAAGCAACAGCAGCAGCAAAAAGAACAGCAGCAGAAGCAGCAGCAACAGCAGCAGGACACCAGCUGUACUGCAGCACAUUUCUCUGCUGCUGACUUGGCUGCGCUUCCAUUUCGGGUGUAUCUGCAGCUCGUGAUAGCACUAGCCCAAGCGCAGCAGCAGCGAAAAGUUGAAACUGAACAUUUCUUUUUGCUGCUGCGCCACAACCUUGAGAGCUGCAGCUCCAACGACUGGAACGAGCUGCAUCGCCUGGCGGGCCUUUUGAACAUUCAGCAGCACCCAGAAUGGCUGGCCCUGACUGCUGCUGCUGCAGGCCGUAUUCACCGCUUGCUGCAGCAGCAGCAGCAGCAGCGGGCGCAGCAACAGCAGCAGCAUGGGAAGGCAGCAGGCAGCAGCAGCAGGGGCAUCACCAGCAGCAGCGGAGUCGAGCACGAGCUGGACGCUAAGGACUUCCUUGAGAGUUUGCGGAUGCGCUUUGGGCCCCCGAGCAACUGGGGCCAUCUCCCUUCAAGAAAGCACUGA